GCGCCUGCAGGCGACACUCUCGGGAAGAUGGCUGCUGCUGUGCUGCUGGCCGUGGGUUUGCGCGCUGCGCACAGAACCCUGGCGGCCGCGGGGUCCCGGGGGGCGCAGGUCCGAGGAAAUGCAGGUGUGACUGAUGGGAGUGAAGUGGCCAAGGCCCAGAAAGCAGCUCCUGGAACAGCGCCAACCAUCUUCUCCCGGAUUUUGGACCGAAGCCUCCCAGCUGACAUUCUAUAUGAAGAUCAGCAGUGCCUAGCGUUCCGUGAUGUAGCCCCUCAGGCUCCUGUGCACUUUCUGGUCAUUCCUAGGAAGCCCAUUCCUCGAAUCAGCCAGGCUGAAGAAGACGACCAGCAGCUUCUAGGACACUUACUCCUUGUGGCCAAGAAGGUAGCACAGGCCGAGGGUCUGAAAGAUGGGUAUCGACUUGUGGUUAAUGAUGGCAAGAUGGGUGCACAAUCUGUGUACCACCUGCACAUUCACGUACUUGGAGGUCGACAGCUGCAGUGGCCACCUGGCUAAACCUGCCAGCUGGCCAAGGACCACAGGCCCGGAUGCUUGGAUGGAGAAAGAGAAAAGGAAUCCUGUGGUGCUAAUAAACUUAUUCUCCCUCAA